AUGGAAUCUCAGCAGGACCGCGGGUUUCCGAUCAUGGAGCAUCCUGAUUUAAACAACCAUGAUUCGGAUGGCUCCGGGUCCUCCGAUGAGCUUCUGCAGCAGCCAUAUGCUGUAAGAGCCAACUCCAGUUUCCCGGAGAAUUUCGACACCCAGGUCCAAACCCCGGCGACGACCAUUUCCUCGUCCCCUCCCCCAUCCAUUGCGUCUGCCCUGCCAUCAUGGGCAACCGGCACGCCCACACGCGCCCGCGGGGCCAGUAUAGGUGCUUCUGCUGCUCUUGAGAAAGCUCCGCCGAUGGAUGGCCAUCCGGUGACCGAUCGUGACUUGAGGCCGCAACGUCCGUCCGGCCCCGCUCGGACGCCCUCCAAUACCUACGCGCCCCAACGACGCCCACCUCAGUAUAUCAGCUUCCAAAAUGACCGCCAACGGAGCUCAUCAACGAAACGAACUUCUAGACGCGAUCCCAAUGCACAGUACCGAGCUCAGGAGAAGGCGUAUGUCCAGCGCAUUCGUGCGGACCCUCAGGCCUGGUACAGUCAUUUCGAUGAGGCUCAAAACAUGAGCAUGACGGUCGGGGACUCGGACCUAGAAGAACCCUCACCAUCCUCGGAGGUUCCUUUCGAAGACGAUGCCUACGAUCCGGAUAUUCAACUCUUCCUGACCGACGACAAUCAGCCGACGAUCGAGGAACUCAAGAACCCAAGAAACCAAGAGAGGCUGGAGUGGCAUUCUAUGCUUUCGUCUGUGUUAAAGGGAGACGUGGUGAAGCAAGAGAAACAGCGAUUACUCGGCUCUACAGAAUCAAAACGAUCGUCGGCCCAGAACAACGCAAUAUGGUUGGGUGUCAGAGCCAGGACCUGUGGAAGGAGUGUUGCACUGCAGAGGAAACUCAUUGAAGAAGCGAGGGCUGGCCUUGGCCCCAUCAUCGAAGAAAUUAUCAAGUUCGAGAUCAAAGGUGAAACAGAGAUCGGGAAGCCACCCAUCAAGCAGGUUGAGGAUAUUGUCGCACAGAUAGAACGUUGUGAAAGCCUCUACUCUACUCACAAGGAGCUGGAGACUGCCCACCCCAGAGUCGCUUCAGAGGAGUAUCACUCGAGUCGCGAUGCUGUUUUUGCCUGGCACAACACGACCAUCUUGAUCAACACCGAGCUCGCUAUCCUGCAGAAAUGGGUUGGAAACGAUGAGUUGGAUUUCAGCAAAUCGAGAACGAAAUCAAUCAAUAGCGACCUUUCCGACGAAACAUCCUUCCUUGACCGCAUCAUGAAGGAGGAUGGCCUCAAAACGCUGCAAGGAAAACAUAACAUGCUCCACGGCAUUGGAGAAGUCAUCCAAAAAGCAAAGAAUACAUUAAUUGAGAAUGCCGGUUCCUUCGCCAAACGCCACUUACCUCCCUAUAUCGAAGAACUUCUUACUCUUAUCAAUUUCCCGUCUCGUCUCAUACAGGAAAUUAUACGGGUUCGACUAUCUUACGCUAAGAAUAUGAAAGACCCAGCUUCGCAAUCCGCCAUCUUAGUCGAUCAAAUGAUAUCGCAGUUCCAGAUUUUGAUGAAGGUGGCGGUCGAUAUCAAACGGCAUUAUUUGGAUAUCGCCAGACCCGAGCCUGGGUGGGACCUGCCCCCUUGCAUUGAUGACGGUUUCGACGCAGUCGUCUUGGAUGCGAUGAAGUAUUACUUCCGGCUUCUGAACUGGAAGCUGACUGCAAAUAAGAACACAUUCAAAGAAGCGGAGAUUCUAGAACAGGAUUGGGAAUUUUCCAACGAGGUCGGCCGACAACUUGAGGGCGGAGAUAUCGAGGUCGCGGAGCAGUUUAGUGCACUGACUGCCAAGUCGAUCCAACGCUUGAUGUACCACUUCGAGCGGGAGUUGCAGCCUCGCCAUGACGAGGAUCCUGCCGACAUGGACAAGCGUUAUAAAAGCGUAUUGGACUCAACUCGGAUCCGGCAACGGAAGCUUUACCGAUUUUCCCGAUUCUUGCGCCAGCUGUUCGAAAAUGCAACGGAAUACAAUUUGCCGGCUGACAUUGCAUACGACUUUUUGGAGUCGUUGCUUGUGUCGGAUCAUUUUAUGAUCAAAUCAAACGUCUCUGUUGGUCAAAAGGGCGUCUAUCUCUUUGCGCACCCUGCAUUGUGGGAUCGCCCUGCAGAUAUCCAAGCUAUCCUAGGCACAUCAUUUCGUGAGGAUGACACCAGCAAGGAUACACCCCAUGCACCGUAUAUACUCGUGGUUCGUCCGGAAAAGCCCCUUUCCUGGGCUGGCAAAGAAAUGCAGCUGGGCAUCAUGGAACAGCCUACGGACUUGCGAUUGGGCAAAUUGCGACUUGUGGUUGAAGGGACGCAGCAGCGGCUGUCUAAUGCGAGACAUGAGCUGACUCAUCUCACUGGUAUUCAGCUCGAUAUGGCCAUCGAGCAACGUGCCAAUCUUGGUCGGGUCAACGUGGAGCUAAACAAGAUCAAGAAGACGUCAUUCAAGCUAUCAAUGACUAUCAUGGAUAGUGUUGCCCGGAUACGGGAGCAACUCAAGGAUAGAGACGUGGAGAACCACGAUCUAGUCCAAGCAUGCUAUGCUUUUGCGACCGAGUUCGGGAAGCGUUCUUCAAACGUUGAUCCCAAUAGACGCGCAAUGAACAGUAAUAGACUUGUCGAGUUGUCCCUCGACUGGGUUUCGUUCAUCUGUGAUGAUUGUGAUGCUGCUGACAGGAAAACCUUCAAGUGGGCCGUUGCUGCUCUGGAAUUUGCAAUGGCUAUCACCUCCAGCAGGCACCUCCUGUCUAUGGAUGAUGCUCAGUAUAGUCGACUGAGGCAGAAGGUUGCCGGGUGCAUGUCGCUCCUUAUAUCUCACUUUGAUAUCAUGGGUGCUCGAUCGUCUCGUGCGGCUCAAGCAGAGAAGCAACGCUUGGAAGAGCGCGGCGGUUCGAGACGAAUGGGCGCAGGGCGAAUCCUUACAGAUGAAGAGGCAGCCAAGCUUGUUCGGGAGCAGCGCGUGGCUCAUCUUACCGAGAUCGAGGAGAGACGCGUUGACGAAGAUGCUAAACGCCAAGCAUUGGGAAGGGUUCUAGAGGGCUCAAACGAAGCGGACAGGUCUCUUACGGUGCUUUCAUCCUCGGCUACGAACGUUACUCUGCGAUGGCAACAGGGCCAGUUCAUUGGUGGAGGAACCUUUGGGUCCGUUUACGCUGGAAUUAACCUUGACAGCAACUACCUCAUGGCUGUCAAGGAGAUCCGUUUGCAAGACCCCCAACUUAUCCCUAAAAUUGCCCAGCAAAUCCGUGAUGAGAUGGGUGUGUUGGAAGUCUUGGAUCAUCCUAACAUCGUCUCUUACCACGGUAUUGAAGUGCACCGCGAUAAGGUCUACAUCUUCAUGGAAUACUGUUCUGGUGGGUCCCUUGCCAGCUUGCUUGAGCACGGACGUGUCGAGGAUGAAACCGUCAUUAUGGUCUACGCUCUUCAGUUGCUGGAGGGAUUAGCGUACCUGCACCAGGCUGGCAUUAUCCAUCGCGAUAUCAAGCCUGAAAAUAUCCUGCUUGAUCAUAACGGUAUCAUCAAAUACGUCGAUUUUGGAGCUGCAAAGAUCAUCGCUCUGCCCAAGGACGCCCAGCUGGCUCACAACAAUUGGGGCAAGAACCAGAAAACGAUGACCGGCACCCCAAUGUACAUGUCACCCGAGGUGAUUCGCGGCGAUACCACAAAACUUAUCCACCGCCAGGGAGCUGUCGACAUCUGGUCGUUAGGAUGCGUGAUCUUAGAAAUGGCCACGGGUCGUCGCCCUUGGUCCACUCUGGAUAACGAAUGGGCCAUCAUGUACAACAUUGCCCAGGGCAACCAACCGCAAUUGCCAUCCCGAGACCAGCUCAGCGACCUAGGUAUCGACUUCCUCCGACGAUGCUUCGAGUGUGACCCCAAUAAACGGUCCACUGCAGCAGAACUCCUCCAGCAUGAAUGGAUCGUCUCCAUCCGCCAGCAAGUCGUACUCGAGCCAGCCACGCCUGGCAGCGACAAUAGCGGUGGUAGUUCCCAUUCAGGCAGUCGCCAGAACUCAGCGUAUCUAUGA